GCCUGUACGUGGCAGUCAGAGAAGCAGCCGAGGCUCCUGCUACUAUUCACCCUCAGACUACCACUUAUAUAUAUACACACACACACACUUCCACAGGCUCGCUUUCAACACAUUUAUCCCAUCAUGUUUACCGUGUCGGAGCUGGUCGUGCUGCUAGCCGUCCUGUGCGCAACCACCUCCGGAUACUUUGUGAGCAUAGACGCCCAUGCGGAGGAGUGUUUCUACGAGCGGGUCAACUCCGGCACCAAAAUGGGCCUCAUGUUCGAGGUGGCCGAGGGAGGCUUCCUGGACAUCGAUGUCGAGAUAACAGGGCCUGACGGGAAGCAGAUCUAUAAAGGCGACAGAGAGUCCAGCGGGAAAUACUCUGUGGCGGCACACAUGGACGGCACCUACAAGUUCUGCUUCAGCAACAAGAUGUCCACCAUGACGCCCAAGAUCGUCAUGUUCACCAUCGACAUCGGAGAGGCACCCAAAGGCCAAGACAUGGAGACAGAAGCCCACCAAAACAAGCUGGAGGAGAUGAUCAACGAGCUGGCAGUUGCCAUGACAGCCGUGAAGCACGAGCAGGAGUACAUGGAGGUCCGCGAGAGGAUACACAGAGCAAUCAACGACAACACGAACAGCAGAGUGGUGCUGUGGUCGUUCUUCGAGGCUCUGGUUCUGGUGGCGAUGACGCUCGGACAAAUUUACUACCUGAAGAGAUUUUUCGAAGUACGGCGAGUGGUGUAAUGUGAUUUUUUUUUUUUUUUGGGUUGUUUUUGUUUAGUUUUUUCCCCCCUGAAAUGAUCUCCUGUGUGUCCUCCACUGGAUUUUUGUUUUGUUUUUUGUCUUUCUCUUUCUCUCCAAAAAACACCAAUAGAGUUAUUUACACUCUGGAAAAUGAGACUGGCAGUUUUGAGUUAAAAAAAAGAAAAAAAGAAAAGCCUACAUAUGAUUGGAUCUCUUUAUGUUCCUCCUGUUACCUUUUUUUUUUUUUUUUUGGUUCCUUCUUUAUAAAUGUAAUAAUUGUAUAUUUGGGAACGAAUGGCCAAAACAUUUUUUGGGGAUAGAUGUCAUUAGUUUUUUUUCCUUUUUUUUGUUGGUUUUAACUGAUUUUUUUUCUUCUUCGUCACUAUUGUUUGAUGAUUACAGUUAAUUAACAGGUUUGGUUUUGUUGGGUUUUUUUUUGUCCAGUACAGUUUCAGUUCUGUCUGUAUGAAUGACUGUGAGGCUUUUAAUUUUAAAGAUGAAAGAGACUACUUUAGAGAUGCACAUGGCUGGAUAAAGACAUGCGAAGAGGAGGAGGAGGAGCCCCCCCCCACUGGAGAAUGUAGCCCUUAUUAAAGAUUAAAACCUCUUUCCAAAUGAUUAAAAAACAUAUAAAACAUUGGUUAAAUGUCUGAGAUGCAGCGUGAGGAGGGAGGGAAAGGGUUGUUGUUGUUUGUUGCUUUUUUCUGGGGUCUCGAUGUACUAGAAGAUAUGUGAUAUCUAUAUGUGUACAUUGUGUGUUUGUUUUUGUUUUUUUCGCUCUCAGACAACAAAUUGCACUCCUGAUGAAAAUGCGCCUAAAAUAUCUGAAGGAUUUACAUUUAAGCAGCUGAUCUUUUCUUUUUAAGGGAAACUCUUCAGCUUCUGUUUCUAGCUCUUGUGUCUGUUGAUUCACAGCAAUCCAUGCCAUUUCGAAAGGGGGUGGAAAAGGGGGGCAGAUGAGCUGAUUUUGACACUUUCUUCUUUUAAAAAACAAACUUGGCAGCAAAAUAAACCUUUGAGGAGCUGAGGCAGAGGCAGAGGAUUUUGGAUUUUAAACCUGAACUACUUUUGGGGGGUUGAAACUCCCAAAAAAAGAGCAAAGUGUAGAGAAAUACUGAAAUAAGUGUUACAUGUUUAAUUGAGGGGCUGGUUGCAGGGAGGGUCUGACACAUAAAAAUGACUGCUGUGUGCUUUAGUUGCUUCUUAUAUAGUUAUUUUUUUGUUCGGGGUCGGGGGAAUUUAAAUUAUACGAUUGUAUACGAUUUUUGAACUGUAUCUUUUUCUCUUUUUUUCUGGAGCAUAUUCAUUUAAAUGCAGCUGCUUUUAGUUUUUUGGGGAUGAUGUCACCUUUAAAAAUGAAGAUCUUAGAUGCGCACACACACAGCUGCAGCAUCUGAAAGUGUUGCAUUUUGGACUGAAUGUGCUCCAGUUUUAUAUCAGAAACAAUCUCUGGUGAGCUCAGGCAGGAACAAAAAAAACUGCUCUGUACACACACUUUUUUUUUUUUGUGAUUAAGACUAAAUCUGGUAAAUGGAUCUGUACAAAUGUAGAAUGGUUGGUUGUCUGUGGAAAUACAUUUAAAAAAGCCCCAGGUUUCAUAAUAAAGCCAAUAUUCUGUACGACUGCUUUGAUGUAUUUUUAAAACAGGAGGUUAAAGAAAGAUUGACUGCAAACUAUGGAGGUUGAACAUGGAGAGAAAUGUGAAUAAACCUUUUUUCACAACA